CGUCAAUACACGUCAACCAGAGAACAUGAUGCCUCUUUGCAAGUCAACUCGUGUGCUCUGUAGCAGAUAGAGGCACCUCGGGCUGAAAUAUUAGAACUCUAUUGUGCCGGAGAACGUGGUGUGACAGCCCCGUGGCUCCGCUAAUGGCCUGUCGCGCUGAGGGAGAGAGCCGCCACAUUGGCGCGUGAGCCGGCGGGGCGACGCAGAAAUCAACUUUGUCUAUUUUUAAUGGACACGCUUCGAGCGGCGGUGGCAGCGGGCGGUUUGUUUUCCUUUCGUCUUUAUCUCUAGCUGGCCGUGGGUCCCCCUCCUCCUCCUCCGCGUGUCUCUCUCUACCCCCCCAGAACUCUCCGAAACAGCUCCCAUUUACAACAGCAUGGUCAUGGCUGACAAUGUCCAGAAACCGCUGUUUCGGGGUCCGGUCAGGGUGGGCUUCUACGACAUCGAGCGCACUUUAGGAAAGGGCAACUUCGCUGUCGUGAAGCUGGCUAGACACCGCAUAACCAAGACCGAGGUGGCCAUUAAGAUUAUUGACAAGACCCAGCUAGACGCUGUGAACCUGGAGAAAAUCUACAGGGAAGUUCAGAUCAUGAAGAUGCUGGACCACCCCCACAUCAUUAAGCUGUAUCAGGUAAUGGAGACAAAGAACAUGCUUUAUCUAGUUACGGAGUAUGCCAAGAAUGGUGAAAUCUUUGACUAUUUGGCAAAGCACGGCCGUCUAAGUGAGCUGGAGGCCCGGAGGAAGUUCUGGCAGAUCCUUUCUGCGGUCGAGUACUGUCACAACCGAAACAUCGUCCACAGAGACCUGAAGGCAGAAAACCUGCUGCUAGAUGGCCACAUGAACAUCAAGAUUGCAGAUUUUGGAUUUGGGAACUUCUUCCAGCCUGGAGAGCCUCUGGCCACAUGGUGCGGCAGCCCGCCUUACGCAGCUCCUGAAGUCUUUGAAGGACAACAGUACGAGGGCCCGCAGCUGGACAUCUGGAGUAUGGGGGUGGUGCUGUAUGUGCUGGUGUGUGGUGCGUUGCCCUUUGAUGGGCCCACGCUGCCUGUGCUCCGACAGAGAGUCCUGGAAGGAAGGUUUCGCAUCCCCUACUUCAUGACUGAAGACUGUGAGCAUCUGAUCCGCAGGAUGUUGGUUCUGGACCCGUCCAAGCGUCUGUCUCUGGCCCAGAUCAAGGAGCACAAGUGGAUGCUGCUGGACGUCCCCGUGCAGAGACCAGUCCUUUACCAACAGUCUCUGUCCACUGAGGGCGAGACAGGUGUGGGAGAGUACAGCGAACAGGUGCUUCGCCUCAUGCACAGCCUCGGCAUCGACCAGCACAAGACUAUCGAGUCUCUGCAGAACAAGAGUUACAACCACUUUGCUGCUAUAUACUACCUGCUGGUGGAGCGGCUCAAGGCGCAUCGCUGCAGCUUCCCUGUGGAGCAGCGGCUCGACGCGCGCCAGCGACGGCCCAGCACCAUCGCUGAACAGACGGUCAUCAAGUCGACCAGCAGCUCAGCCCAGGUGGGUUUGCUCCCGCAGGGCAUUCGGAUGCUGCGUUCCCCCGCUGUUCCACAGACCUCCUCUGAUGCUUGCACCUUCCCACAGUCUGUGUCUCUGCUGGAGCAGAAUUUCAUGGUGGAGGAGGUCAACACGCCCAAAGUGAACGGCUGCUUGCUGGACCCCCUCCCUCCCACCACUGUCCUCCGCAAGUCCUCCACCUCGUCGCCUAGCAACAUGAUGGAGACAUCGAUCGACGAGGGCAUUGAGACUGAGGAACCCGACACAGAUGACGAUCCAGCCCACCUGCUCUCAGCCUAUCAGACGACUCGCUUUGGACAGCGGCGACACACCUUGUCAGAGGUCACCAACCAGCCAGGACCGUCCAACCAAGGUAAAUUAUUGGCUCUCGGCCACAAUCCGUCUACGGGCAGCAUGGACUCCGACAUCGGCUACGACAUGGGGUCUGCCCACAGCGAGCUGGGUCUCCUGGACGACACGCCCCCCUCCCUCAGUGAAGCGGGACAAACCAGCGGCUCUGCCUCCGGCUUCUCCCCGACUCCCUUCUUGAUGGCAAGGCCCACCAACCCAGCAAUGGCUGUCCUGGCCUCCCAGCACCGAGAGACACACAACCGCUCUCCCAUCAGCUUCAGAGAAGGCCGGCGUGCCUCUGACACCUCCCUCACGCAAGGUCUGGUGGCGUUCCGGCAGCACCUCCAAAACCUGGCGAGGACCAAAGGGAUCUUAGAGCUGAACAAAGUCCAGAUGCUGGUGGAGCAGAUGGGCUCGGGGGACGGUGCCCCUGGGGGCCCCCUGGGACCACAGCACCACUUGCACAACCUGAUGGAGGGUGAGGCUUGCAAGCAGCAGGAGGGCCUAGCUUUAUACCCAGGUGAGCCCCGACCACCUCUGCUGUCCCGCAGACAGAGUCUGGAAACGCAGUACCUUACUCACCGAUUGCAGACCAACCUGUUGGCUAACAGUCCAACUAGCUGUCAACUUUUCUGUAAGGAGACUCCUCGAAGUUUAGAGCAGCAGCUGCAGGAACACAGACUGAACCAGAAGAGGAUGUUCCUGCAGCAGCAGUCUCAGGGCCUGGGCCUGCAGACCUACUUCAACCAGAUGCAGAUAGCUGAGAGCUCCUUCCCACCAGGCAGCCCUGCUCUGGACCUGGCGGCGUCACAGACUUCCCCUCAGGGCCCCCCCAUGCCCACCUCCAGCCAGCCUCCGCCCCAGCAGCAGGGCAGUUCUCAGGCCUCCUCCCCCUUUAGCCUGAGCCCCCUUAUUGAGCCAGGCGAGGUGGUUUUUGAUCCCUACAUGAGCCAUCACCACUACACCCAACAUCUGCCUCAUGGAGCUCACCUCCACCACCAGCACCACCAUCAGCAGCCUCUGGAGGCUUCCAUCAGCAGCAGCCUGAGCUUCAGCUACCCCACAGGCUGUGAGCCUCUGGGGCCAGAGACCCUCCCAUUGGACCAGUACGAGUUCCCCAUGAACCCCGCCUUGCUGCCUCCUCCCGCCCCAGGAGAAGCUGGAGUUCUGGGCGGCUCGGGGCAGCCGGACACCCUAGGCAUGCCUGAGCUGCAGGGCUCUCUCCUGGACAGCGAGAUGAUGGAGACGGUGGACUCGCAGCACGGCUUUGUCCUGGUCAACUGAAGCAGGCUGAAUCCAGAGCAGUAUUAAGCAAUGGCAGCAUGGAGAGCAGAAGGAACGGAGAUGUAAGUGGAGGUCUGACGCGCCGCAACAAGGAAGGACAUGUUCCCUUUUGUACAACUAAUACAAACUUCAUUUCUUAGUUGUGUAAAACCUCAACUUUUCUACCAAAAUCCUCCCUUUCUCCUUCUGCUCCGAGGCAGAAAUGGGCCCAGCGCACGGCGCGGCCGCUCUAGUCUGAGACUGCGCUGCGCCAUCCUGCAGCAGGACGCAGCACGCCCUCCAGGCUGCAGCAGUUUGUCUAGAAAAUAGUUUGAACUAAUUUAGAAAUGAAUGAAUUGCAACUAAAAGCACAAAAGCUGGCAGUGCUUCUUGUAUUUCAGAUGGAACUCGACGACCGACGGGUUCCUAAAAUCACUUCUGUGGAUGGAGAGAUGCCCGAGCAAGUGACUGUAGCCCUCGUUUAUCAUGGUACUAGGAACAUCACCACAAAUCCAAGUGUGUGUGUGUGUGUGUGUGUGUGUGUGUGUGUGUGUGUGUGUGUGUGUGUGUGUGUGUGUGUGUGUGUGUGUGUGUGUGUGUGUGUGUGUGUGUGUGUGUGUGGUAACACACUAUAAUACACAGGCCGUCACCGUGAUCCUGCAUAAGUUACAACACUAUCGCUUUAAUAGCUUUGCCUCAUCCGAUACCCUAAAGGAUGCUAGUUCUGUGCUGUUAGCAGAUGAAGAAAGUUAGGAGAAACGUGCAGUUUGUGACUUUUUUUAUUCAUGAUGUAACUACUGAUGUCGUUGUUUUUUACACUACUGAUUUCACACAGUUUCAAUUUAAAGAAUGAAGCGGAUUACGAGGAGUUUUAGCAGGCGAGAAGGCCGCGCGUCGUUAGAACUGUGGGUCCUGAUGAGUGAGGGCUGAUGGGAUGGAGAGCAGAGUUUCUGUGGCAAUACCGAAGCAAUAUUAAUCCUGAAUGUGGAGGGAGUGGAAGCCUCACCCGCACGGCCAGCUCUGAUUGGUUCCUGCAGACCUCUGAGGCGUCCACAGUGACAUCACUGCAGCUGAUGAUGUAACCAGGAGAUAAUCCCAUCAGUCAUUUGCUCCAAAAAGUGCUGCGAUUUGCCUGCAGCUGAAGAAGAAACGAUUUUUUUAUAUAGCACCUCUAAAUAAAAAUCACAAGAAUGAAAAAUCCAAAUUUAAAAAAAUAUUGUGAUUUUUUAUUUUUUUUAAAUUUUUUGUUGAUCUGUUAAUGUUGAGAUAAUCUCACUUAAAUGGGCUUUUGAGCAGCACCACUUCUCCUGAACGGUGUUUUUAUUAGAUGUUCAGGAGUUGGCUGGUUGUGAUCUCAGAUCCGGGAUCUGUGAAUGAAUCUAGAACACAGCUAGUUUAAUUUAACAUCAAAGUUUAGACCUUUGCACAAUAUUUAAGUUCAAAUAUUCAGUUCCUAAAAACCAGAUUUCCUCCCAGUCUGUAAAAUAUUUAUUCCUAACAAUGAUUUUUGGUUUGCAUCAUCGCUGCUCCGGUCGUGUCUCUGAGCCGUUUCAUGACUUGUGUUGAUCUUUCUGACGAUGUUGCUGCUGCUGUGAGACGAAGUCCAGCAGAACUUCAGUCCCUGGACACUGGAUCUCUGCCGUUUUCUCACCUUUCUUUUUUUCUUUUGCCAGACAGCAACGGGACAAGAUUUUUCUGUUUCCUUUGUUUUUACAGCAUUUAGUCUGAGCUGAAUCUAGCAGACAGAAGGAACUCCUCUCACAACAACAAUAAUAAUGGAGAUGCAGGUCUGAUGUGGCUGACUCGGCAUGCAUCCAAUCAGAUUUUAGAGGAGUCUAAAAAAAACGUAGGAACAGGAAGAAAAUGUGGACCAACUGUGCAAAAUUUCUAAAGAAAAAUCCACCCAGGAGGUUUUUUUUCCAGAAUCAUCUAGUGGUUAUUUGUGCAAGCGGCUUUUAUCGGUCUGCUUUAUGGGACGUUAAUGUCUGAGGGAGUCUUUUUGCUCUAAUUCCUCUAAAAUCUGCACACAACUCCAGCAGUGGCAGCCAGGCCUGUUGCACGACUGGUCUUGUCAUUAGCUCCGCCCUCUGACCUCUGACCUACACAGCUGGAUGUGCAGGUUUAUACGGCAUCAUCCACUUUUACUUACUGGGAGUAGCUCACAACCAACUCGUGGGUCCACUAGAGAGGAAAAUGAAAUAAUUAGGUUUAGCAUUAAAUCAUCAGCACUGAUGGUGUGUGUGUGUGUGUGUGUGUGUGUGUGUGUGUGUGUGUGUGUGUGUGUGUGUGUGUGUGUGUGUGUGUGUGUGUGUGUGUGUGUGUGUGUGUGUGUGUGUGUGUGUGUGUGUGUGUGUAAUAGUAAAUCUGCAGGAUGAUCUGUGGAAGUUGAAUACUAGAGCACUUUGACAUGAAGGGGAGAUUGUAGCGCGAGAAUCUUUAGGAAACCCUUUUCUUCUCUCCUCCUCCUCCCAAACAACGGACACGGACGUCUUUCAGAGAAAGACCACACGCAGAGACGCUUCAUUAGAUUGUUUGGUUCGACUCUACCUAAAAGUAGCACUUCUCAGUUUUAUCAUGAGUGUUUCUUUAUGUGGAGCUGGAGUGGAGAGUCCUCGCUGAAACGUGUUCAGUGUGCCUUUUUACUUUUCCUAUUUUCAGUCCGAGUUAAGACUUUCAAUAAAAUGAAUAUUUCUGCUUAGACCCAUUUGUUUUUGAUUACUUCUUGUCUGUGAGGUUUUUUUAUUUUUAUGUAAGUAGAGUCAGGUUUUACGAAGGUACCAAAGUCCCUCAAAGUAUUCCCCGUACAACCCACCGUGUGGAGUUUUGGAACCGUUUGUUUUUCUUCCCUUGUUGGUCAAUCAGUGUAUGCCAUUUAAAGUAUUCUAGCAAUAUUUCUCUAGAAGACAAACGUUAUGAAGAUUCUAGUGGAUGUGUUUCGAAGUAUCAUAAUUUCACCUCCUGCUGAUUAAAAAAAAAGUCAAAUUGGUGGAAAUCCUGUGUUUUUAUUUCCCUUCAUUGAUGUUGACCACACAUAAGCUAACUUGCUGUUGAGAUUAAAAAGGUUUAUUGAACAGAA